AGGUGGAUUCAGGCAGACCCCAGGAAUCAGGUGAUCUCAGCCAGGGCUCUGGAGCAAUGUCGCAACAACUCCUCUACCGUGCUCUGGUGUCUGCAAAAUGGCUUUCGGAAGCCAUCAGGUCCCAGCAAGCUGGUCUGGCCUUAAGAAUUGUGGAUGCAUCCUGGUAUUUGCCAAAGAUGAAGCGUGACCCAAAGCGGGAAUUUGAGGAGCGUCAUAUCCCUGGUGCAGUUUUCUUUGACAUUGACCAGUGCAGCGACCGUACUUCGCCUUAUGAUCACAUGCUGCCCAAGGCUGAUGACUUUGCUGAGUAUGUGGGGAAGCUGGGUGUGGGGAAUGAUUCCCAUGUUGUGGUGUAUGAUGGCAGCGACCAAGGUCUCUUCUCAGCACCCCGGGUGUGGUGGAUGUUCCGGGCCUUUGGACAUGAAGCUGUCUCCCUUCUGGAUGGUGGCCUGAAGAACUGGCAGCGAGAGGGGAAUGCGCUGAGCUCCGGGAAAAGCCAGGUAGCUCCUGCCGAGUUCCAUGCCUCCUUGGACAAGUCUCUGGUGAAAACGUACGAGGAUGUCGUAGAUAACUUGGAUUCCCACCGCUUCCAACUAGUGGAUGCGCGCGCUGCAGGACGGUUCCGGGGAGUAGAGCCAGAGCCCCGAGAUGUGGGAAUUGAGCCUGGUCAUGUCCCGGGGUCAAUGAACAUCCCCUUCACCGAUUUCCUCACAGAGUCUGGCUUAGAGAAGACCCCUGAGCAGAUCCGCAGUCUGUUCCAGGAGAAGAAGGUGGACUUGUUAAAGCCGGUGGUAGCCACGUGUGGCUCUGGGGUCACUGCCUGCCACGUGGCUCUGGGGGCAUACCUCUGUGGCAAACCAGAUGUCGCUGUGUACGAUGGGGCCUGGGUGGAAUGGUAUAUGCGAGCACAGCCUGAAAAUAUUAUUUCUGAGGGAAAGGGGAAGACGGUGUAAUAAGCUGCUUCGUCUCCCAGCUUUGCAGAUAAUUUGCCUUGAAACAGGAUUUGGAAAAGAUGUUGUAGUAU